GGGGAUUGCUUGAAAAAAAAUGGCGUCUGCUAGUUAGUUUGUGGGUGUGGAGAAAGAACUAACUAGUCACAAGUUAUACCGCCAGCGGGUUGAGGCUUUUAUCUAAGGGAACUUAUCUGUUGGGGUUUUACUGUGAGAAAAUAUAUUUGCAGCAUAAUGCGUGACGGGACGUCGUUGCUUCCAUGGCAACGAGUGUAGGCCGUGGAUGAGACGCUCCGAUUGGACCGACAGAGUGUCAGUCAGGUAGCAGCGCUCAAUGGCUCUGAGACACCCUUACGCCGCAAACAGGAAAUGGUUACCCUAGUAGGGGGUAAUAAUCUAGCCCGGGCACCAGUACUGCAUAGAGCACAAUCUACUCAGUAACCGCGCAGGAAUAGAAUUACUAAUAGCGCGAAACCUGUGGGUUCAGUUUAUUAGCGUUCUGUCUCCCAGGUAACGCAGAGUUAUGACUACCCAGCAUGCAGUGCAACCGUGGCGCGACGGAUGCUGGGAAUCGUAUUUUUUGGGACCGUUUAAGGGGGGAAUGAGACGCCUACAGAACUACAUUUCCCGAAAUGCCGUGCGGCGCCCCAGGUGACCUGGCGAGGAAAUGGCGGAGCUGGAUUUGGGGCGAGCGGGAGGGGAGGAUUCGAGCAGCGAGAGCCACAGCCUGCUCCCCCCAGUCGCUCCUGGCCACUCCCCCCGGAGACGCACCACCAGUCAGUGUAAAUCGGAGCCCCCCCUCCUGAGAACCAGCAGGAGAACCAUCUACACCGCCGGGCGCCCCCCCUGGUACAAUGAGCACGGUGCACAGUCCAAGGAGGCAUUUGUUAUCGGGCUGGGGGGAGGAAGCGCCUCGGGAAAGACCACAGUUGCCAGAAUGAUUAUCGAGGCGCUGGAUGUGCCCUGGGUGGUUCUCCUGUCCAUGGAUGCCUUUUACAAGGUACUGACCCAGGAGCAGCAGGAACAGGCGGCCCGCAAUGACUUCAACUUUGACCACCCUGACGCCUUUGACUUUGAGCUGAUCAUUAGCACCCUGGGCAAACUGAAGCAGGGCAAGAGCGUCAAGAUCCCCACCUACGACUUCACCACCCACAGCCGACACAAAGAGUGGAAAACCUUGUAUGGAGCCAACGUGAUCAUAUUUGAAGGCAUCAUGGCGUUUGCACAUACGGAGCUUCUGAAGCUGCUGGACAUGAAGAUCUUUGUAGACACCGACUCCGACAUCCGAUUGGUGCGUCGCUUGCGGCGAGACAUCUCCGAGAGGGGCCGAGACAUCGAGGGGGUGCUGAAGCAGUACCACGCCUUCGUCAAGCCCGCCUUCGACCAGUACAUCCAGCCCACCAUGCGUCUGGCAGAUAUAGUGGUUCCCAGAGGGAGUGGAAAUGCAGUGGCGAUUGACCUGAUAGUGCAACACGUGCACAGCCAGCUGGAGGAGAGGAAGCUCCGAUGGGACAUGGCUGCCCUGGCAUCUGCCCACCAGUCCCAGCCCCUGCCCCGGACCCUCAGUGUCCUGAAGGAGACGCCCCAAGUGCGAGUCAUGCACACAAUAAUCAGGGACCGAGAGACGAGCCGAGACGAGUUCAUCUUUUACUCCCGGCGCCUCAUGCGGCUUCUGAUCGAGUACGCCUCCUCCUUCCUGCCAUUCAGGUGUUGCACAGUACAGACCCCUCAAGGGCACGACUACCAGGGGCGCAUGUAUGAUGGCAAGCGGAUUACCGGUGUGUCCAUACUGAGAGCCGGGGAGACUAUGGAGCCGGCGCUGAGAGCUGUGUGUAAAGAUGUUCGGAUCGGAACCAUCCUCAUCCAGACUAACCCCAGCACGGGGGAGCCCGAGUUGCACUAUUUGAGGCUGCCCAAGGAUAUCAGUGAAGACCAUGUGAUUCUGAUGGACUGCACCGUGUCUACCGGAGCGGCGGCCAUGAUGGCCAUCCGAGUGCUGCUGGACCACGAGGUUCCCGAAGAGAAGAUCUUCCUGCUGUCUCUGCUCAUGGCGGAACUGGGGGUGCACUCCGUGGCCUACGCCUUCCCCCGCGUGCAGAUACUCACUACUGCUGUGGAUAAGAAAGUCAACGACAUGUUCCGCAUCAUCCCAGGAAUAGGUAAUUUUGGGGAUCGCUACUUUGGGACCGACGCCCCUGCAGAUUGGAGUGAGGAUGAUGAUGAUGAUGAUGAUGAGGAUCCCGUAUGAAGCCAUUUAUUACGACUUUCCCAAAAUAGAAUCCAUUCCAGUAAUGAGCACCUGCUGGGGAGAGUGGCAAGGUGGGGGGGUCCUGCCCCCCCCCCCCCCCCCGGGUCUGUCAGGGUCUUAGGGAGCUUGUACCUCUCUGUUAUAUCAGCAAUACUGCCCCCCCCCCCCCCAACUAUAUACACAUUCUUAAUAAAGUACAGUGAAUAACUAUC